CUGUAACAACACUGUUGGGAGUCACAAUUGUUCGUGCAUGAGUGGAUAUAAUGUAACAGAUCCAAACUUCCCUAUAAACAGCAAUAACACAUGUGAAGAUAUAGAUGAAUGUCUGUUCAGUUCAUCUGUAUGUGGUCCAAAUGCCAACUGCACAAAUGAAAAGGGAAGUUACAAUUGCUCAUGUCUGGAUGGAUUUACUGCAUCAAACUCAAGUCUCCCCAUCAGCAACGAUAACACAUGUACAGCAGAACCACCAACACCAACUACCACAACCACUACGGCUGCAACACCUAAUACAACAAUCAUUACAUCUGCAACACCUAAUACAACAAUCAUUACAGCUGCAACACCUAAUACAACAGCCUCUACAACUGCAACACCUAAUACAACAAUCGUUACAGCUGCAACACCUACUACAACAAUCGUUACAACUGCAACACCUAAUACAACAAUCGUUACAGCUGCAACACCUAAUAUAACAAUCAUUACAGCUGCAACACCUAAUACAACAACCACUACAGCUGCGACACCUAAUAUGACAAUCAUUACAGCUGCAACACCUACUACAACAACCACUACAGCUGCAACACCUACUACAACAACCACUACAGCUGCAACACCUAAUACAACAAUCAUUACAGCUGCAACACCUACUACAACAACCACUACAGCUGCAACACCUAAUACAACAAUCAUUACAGCUGCAACACCUACUACAACAACCACUAAAGCUGCAACACCUAAUACAACAAUUAUUACAGCUGCAACACCUAAUACAACAACCACUACAGCUGCAACACCUACUACAACAACCACUACUACUACUACAAAAAAAGUUCCCAUCAUAACAGUGGGGAGUGUUGCUCAGCUCAUCUCUACAGAAUCCCCUACAGCUGCUCAAGAGUGUUAA